UGUACGCUUAUUACCAUUUCACUUUCACUGAGAAAAAUUGAAAAGGUGAAGGCAAAUAUGAAUUUGUUUGGCCUUUCGCAGACUCUCUUUACUAUUUACUUGUUACAACUCUUAAUUAAUUGCACUUAUUCACGGCUUAAUCUGAAAUAUGCAAUUUUAAAGCAAACGCAACCUUCCAAUUCACAAAACGACACAUUCGCUUAUCGACAGCGAACCAAAUAUGAUGUUCAAAAGACAAUGCGAGUUAUCUUCUAUACGAACAACACAAAGACUGUGGAGGCAUCUGCUUUGGACGAUAAAUACGACCUCAAAGGUUCAGACUGUUCGACCUCAGACAAGUUUGCCAUAGUUUUGCACGGCUGGAUUCAAAGUUGCUCUGACGAAUGGGCCAUCUCCCUCAUUGAACGGCUCAGCUAUUACCGCGGCGGAUGCGUGAUAUGCAUUGAUUAUAGUGUGGUGGCAAGUUCAUCAUAUAUGCGAUUGUAUACGAACUUCGACACCCUAACGGGGGCCAUAGCCUCGAUUAUAUUGACCCUGAUUAAACAGGGAUUCGACCCCAAGCGGGGCUAUAUGUUUGGAUUUAGCUUCGGCGGGCAACUAGCUUCGGCCGUGGGACGUUCCCUGUGGCCCCAUCAUGUUAUUCAAAGCAUAGAUACCUGUGACAUGGCUGGACCAGGAUUUGAUCCCAUUGCUGUGGAUCACUCGAAGGCCGGCAGGCAUGUGCAAUGCUUUCAUUCCAGUCGAGAUAAAGGCACUUUCGUGUACUCCUGCCACCGCAACAUUAUGCUCGGCAGCUGCGGCCUCAAACAGCCCUCGGUGGCUAGCCAAUUGCAUUUGGGGAGCCAUGGACUCUGCGUCGAUAUAUACAUUAACACCUUUGAUUAUCCCUUCUACGCUUUAAACGCUACGCCCUCAGAGUGCUGGUCCUUGCAGAAGGCAGCCAAGAUACCGGACGGUUAUACAGUGGGAUACGAAGAAAACUAUGAUAGCCAAAUCACAGGCCAAAUCUUUGUGCCUACUAGUCUGCAUUAUCCGUACAAUUUGUCCAAAAAGGAGCUCCUCAGGAUAUUAACAAAGAAAUAGUAUUAUUUUAGAAGAAAUAAUGUAAAUAUUAAGAGCAAAUCCCGCAAAAUUAUAGAUUUUCUUUAAAAUAUCUCGUGUGAUUUAUUAGAUUUCAGCUCAUAUUUGUUUGUUUGUAGUGUAGUAGUUCGAAUUCACCAAAAAUAUAUGUCAAAUCAAAUUUGAA